AUGGAAACCACCGAGGCCGAUUCCAGACUCAAGGCAGCCAUUCUGAUCGUCUCGGAUACGGCUUCGAAGGACCCCGCUUCGGACAAAACGGCCAAUGCCCUCGCCCCCAUCCUCGCCGCGGAGGGGAAGUGGGAAACUCCCGCGAUCAAAAUCGUGCCGGAUAACGUAUUGCAGAUUCAACAGGCCGUCUGUGAUUGGACCGAUGGUCCCAAUUGGUACAAUCUGGUCCUGCUCAGCGGCGGAACGGGCUUUGCUGUGCGAGAUAACACCCCAGAGGCAAUUUCUCCCCUGAUCCAUCGCCAUGCUCCGGGCUUGGUCCAUGGUAUGAUCGCCGCUUCAUUGAAAGUAACGCCAUUUGCCAUGAUGGCUCGUCCAGUUGCUGGAGUUCGUGACAAGUCUUUAAUUAUUACGUUGCCCGGAUCUCCAAAAGGAGCCAUGGAGAAUCUCGAUGCAGUUGUGAAACUGUUGCCGCAUGCCUGCUUGCAGGCUGCUGGCGGAAGUUCUCGAACCAUGCAUGCUGGCGGCGUCAAGAAGCUGGAGGCCGAAGCAGGCGUGUCUUCAACUUCUGAGCAACGGCAGCAUGAUCACCACCACCACCACCACCAUCAUCACGGCCAUGGCCAUGGAGGUGGGCAUGGGCAUGUAGUACCCAAAGCACAUACCUCUUCAGCGGACCGACCCCAGUCAAAUGACCCAUCCGCUGGUCCUAAUAGGCGCUAUCGUUCCUCACCCUACCCAAUGCUUUCCGUAGAGGAAGCGCUUCUCCAGAUCAGCGAGCAUACACCUGAGCCCACCAUUAUUGAGGCUCCCGUGAACCUCUCGGUGGUGGGUUCAGUCAUUGCCGAAGAUGUCUACGCCGCUGAGGCAGUGCCAGCGUACAAGGCCAGCAUCGUCGACGGCUACGCUGUCAUUGCAACAGAGUCCCCCUCCGGACCUAAUACGAAAGGCAUUUUCCCCGUAGCAUCAGUCACCCACGCCAAUGUCGGUGGAGGCCUGGUCCCCCUCCAGCCAGGUAGCAUCGCUAGAAUUACCACCGGAGCUCCUCUCCCUCCCAACGCGAAUGCCGUAGUCAUGGUUGAAGACACCGUCCUGGCAUCAUCUACACCAGACGGUACUGAAGAGGCCACGGUCGAAAUUCUGACCGGCGAUAUCCGACCCGGCGAGAACGUCCGCGAGCCUGGUAGUGACAUCGCCCUUGGCUCCAAAAUUCUUUCCCGCGGAGCUGUGAUCUCUCCUGUUGGUGGCGAGAUUGGUCUUUUGGCUGCUUCGGGCAUUCGGACGGUCAAGGUGUUUAAGAAACCCCGAGUUGGCGUUCUCAGCACUGGAGAUGAGCUGGUGGAGCAUGACAAUCCCCAGACUCUCACUGGCGGGCAGAUCCGUGACUCCAACCGUCCAUCACUCCUGUCAUGUCUCCAGUCUUGGGGUUUCCCCACCGUCGAUCUCGGUAUUGCACGCGACACUCCUGCUGGUGAGAUCGAACAUGCCCUGCGCGACUCGCUCCGGGGUGUUGGCCGUGCGUCGUCCAGUGUCGACGUUAUUGUCACCACGGGUGGUGUGUCAAUGGGCGAGCUCGACCUCCUCAAGCCCACCAUUGAACGGUCCCUCGGUGGCACCAUUCACUUUGGCCGCGUGUCGAUGAAGCCCGGCAAGCCGACCACCUUUGCUACAAUCCCAUUCAAGGAGGCCACAAGCCCAACGGAGGGAGCUCAGCAAGAGCGCCAGUCGAAGCUUAUCUUCGCUCUUCCCGGUAAUCCGGCCUCUGCUUUGGUGACCCUGAAUUUGUUCGUUCUGCCCUCGCUGCACAAGCUUUCUGGUCUGGGCGAGAGCUCCCAAGCACUAGCUUCGAAGCCUUGGAUGGCCCCGCAGCUCGGCCUUCCUCGUGUAGCGGUCGUUCUGACACACGAUUUCCCCCUGGAUCCCAAACGCACCGAGUACCACCGUGCCGUUGUCACCGCCUCGCGUUCUGAUGGCCGCUUGUACGCCACCAGCACCGGACUCGGUGGAACUGGCCAGCGCAGUUCGCGGGUCGGCAGUCUGGCAACGGCGAAUGCUCUGGUCGUUCUGCGUCCUGGAAGUGGUGUCGUCACCAAGGGCGAGAUCGUGGAGGCACUGAUGAUGGGCCAUGUUCAUGGCUGCGAUACUUAG